AUGAAAAUAUUACUUUUCCUUUUAUUUAUUUCAUUGUGUUAUAUUUCCUUUUCCUUUUCCUUUUUAAUAAAAGCAAAUAUAAAAUUAUUAAAAUUAACUUCUAUUAAUUAUGUAACUCUUGAUAAAAAAGGAAAAAACUUAAUUAAUAAUCAUGUGCAUAGAAAAAAUAUACGAUCUUUAAAGAGCUUUUUAUAUCCACAUUUUUUAAAAAGAAUAAUAGAACCAUUAGAAAAUGCUAAUUUUAAAAAUUAUUUUUUUUUUCGAUCAUUAUCACGUAUAUGCGUUUCUUUAAGUAGUGCAUUUUCUUUAAAUGCAAAAUUAAAUUUAUAUAGAAAGAAUACAAAUAAUUUAUUAUUAACGCAACUAUUAAUGAAUAAUGAAAUUUUAAUAAAAAUUUUAAAAAUAUGUUGGUUAUAUAAAUUAAGUCAUUUUAUAGAUAAAAACAUAAAAUUAUGCAGAUAUAUGUCUACUAUAUUUUAUAUUAUAAGUAUAUAUUUAGAUAUAUUAUCUACAUAUAACAUUUCAAAGAAUUUUUACUUUUACUAUUUUUUAUAUUCCUUAUCAUCUAUAUUAAAAAAUUUGAGCAUACUAACAUACACAUCCAUUAGAUCAAGUAUUAAUUUUCAUGUAUCUCAAAUGCUAUCUAACUCAAACCAAAAAUUUAACGAAAAAAGCAUAAGAGAUAUAAAAUUAGUAAAUAAAGAUACAUACGAUAAAAAUAUAAGUAACGAAAAUAUAAAUGAUGAAAAUAAAGAUAAAAAUAAAAAUGAUGAAAAUGUAGAUAAAAAUAAAAAUGAUGAAAAUGUAGAUAAAAAUAAAAAUGAUGAAAAUGAAGAUAAAAAUAUAAAUGAUGAAAAUAAAGAUAAAAAUAUAAAUGAAGAAAAUGUAGAUAAAAAUAUAAAUGAUGAAAAUGAAGAUAAAAAUAUAAAUGAUGAAAAUAAAGAUAAAAAUAUAAAUGAAGAAAAUGUAGAUAAAAAUAUAAAUGAUGAAAAUAAAGAUAAAAAUAUAAAUGAUGAAAAUGAAGAUAAAAAUAUAGAUGAAAAAUUAAUGGAAGUUAAUACAUUAAAAAAAGAAUAUAAUAUAUUAAAAAAGGUUUAUGAAAAAAAAAAAGAGAAUAACAAUAGUAACAUUUUAAGAAAUAAUUUAAAAGUAAAAAGAAAAUUUUAUAUAGGAGAAAUUAGUGUUAUAACUGAUUUGCUUUUUUCCUUAGUAGAUUUAUCAACAAUUCUUUUACUUUCUCAUGCAGCAAAAUUUAUAAAACAAAAAAUAUUUUUUUAUAUUUUUUUAUCUUCUCUACAUUUAUUUUUUUCUUACAAAGAACUAGAAUAUUUGUUAAUUUAG